AUGCCCCGUGUGCGAGUUCCCCGCCUGUGGCAUCGAAAGCCGUACCACUUGACGUUGGUGCGGCGCUUCAGCCCGACAAACACCCCACUUGGCACGAGCGCGGCAUCCACGCUGCCAGGUGAGCGACGCCUGCAGUGGCUGCCAGCUCUCGGUGAACCGCUCUACUGGUAUCAGUGCGGCCCGACUGUAUACGAUGACGCUCACUUAGGACACGCUCGAACCUAUGUUACCUUCGAUAUGGUGCGUCGUGUCAUCCGGGAAUGGUACCAGUGUUUGCCAAUAACUGCAAUGAGUGUGACGGAUGUCGAUGAUAAGAUCAUCGAGCGGGCUCGCCAGCAACGACUACCGAACGAGUCCAUUGGACAAACGUGUUCAAGAAUUGCCGCUAUUUUUGAAAAGCGUUUCUUCGAAGAUCUCGACUUGCUUGGAGUACUGCGGCCGCUUCAUAUUCUGCGGGUUAGCGAGCAUAUACCGGUGAUCUGCGCCUUUACAAGGCGGCUACUCGAUACGGAAUACGCCUAUGUAACCACAUCAGGAGACGUUUGCUUUGAUACUAGUCGUGUCCAGUCUCGGUACGGCGUUCUUGAUGCCAGUCGGGCGCUUGACGCGAGUCAUGCCGGUACCGCCACUGAAACCGCCGCAAACACACCAGCGGCCGACAACGUCCCUGGCAAACGCCAUCCUGCUGACUUUGCGCUCUGGAAGGCCGUCUCAGCAACGGACGAGGAGCCUGGUUGGCCUUUUUACGUACCAGAUGGUGCCAAUGAUGAUCAGAAACGCAUUGGUUACGGCAGACCAGGUUGGCACAUUGAGUGCAGCGCAAUGUGUGCCCAUGUGUUCGGUACACAUCUCGACCUGCAUAGCGGCGGUAUGGACUUGCGAUUUCCUCAUCAUGAGAAUGAAUUGCAUCUGAGCGAGUGUUAUCACCGGGUACGCCCCUGGUGCCGAAAAUGGAUGCACACAGGCACGCUCCUGAUUCGAGGAGAGAAAAUGGCCAAAUCACGUGGCAACUCCAGGCGCAUUAGGGAUUAUUUGGGAUGGAGCGAACAAGGCCCGAAUGACUUGAUGCGCAUACGCAGAGAAGCGGACGUAUUUCGAAUGUUCUGUGCAAUGCAUCGACACAGCACUCCGGUUGAGUUCGGUGACACGCAGCGACUGCAGGCGGCACGUAUCUGGGAUCGACUGACUGGCUGGUUGGCUCGAAUAGCCAAUGACGCGCGUUCGCAGUCUCGCAAAGAGUCAUCUAGAGCUCUCAGUGUCGCUGGUCAAGAGUCCAUUGCAACUGCGGACGCAUCCAUAGAGGGAGACAUUCCGAGCACGCACUGGCAGCCGUCGUUCGCUGUAGCUUCUGGUGAACAUGUUGCCGAUGUUGACGCAGUGCCGGAUGUCUUUAGCUCGAGUCAUACACAAGCUGCGAUUCCGAGGAAUCCAACCGGACGCAAAGUCCCAGCACAACUCGCGGAAUGGUCUCAGAGAUGUCACCGGGCACUCGCAGAAGCCUUUGCGGAUGACCUCGACUUUCCGCGAGCUGUGCGGGCUCUUGUAGAAUUCACCAACCAAUUGUAUCGUUUCGAAAGCGGACGUCGCCUUGAUCGCAUGGACGCUGUAGAGCACAACGCAGUGCUUGUCGCUAGCGAGUACCUCGCGAGUAUCUUGCGUCUCCUGGGCUUUCAGAGCAUUCCGGGAGUUUCAAGUGCAAACGCGCAGGCAUCUGCAUCACGCGUGCCGACAGCGUUUAUCGCGGCACUGGUUGACUUUCGUAUGCGUAUUCGCAACCUCGCAAAGCAGCUACGGCAGGAUACAGCACAGCCAACGCAGAAGGCCACCGAGGCACUCUACGGUUUGAGUGAUAUGUUGCGCGAUGAUAUUUUGUUUCGACUAGGUGCGAUUCACAUCGAGGAUCGCAAAGACAAUGCGAGCCGCUGGUGGAUCGAUCCUGUUCGAGCCGACGAUAACGAUCGUUGA